UGAGCAGCACGUCCAGUGGAAGGACGAACAAAUUCCAAAUCCAAAACCCUCGGCGGGCGGCGUCACCGUGGUGGCCACGGCGGCGAUGGUGCCGGCCAGGGCUGGCGGGGGAGGGGGAGGGGAGGGAGGGGAGCUGGAGAGGAGGGUGAUGGCGGCGCUCAAGGCGUCCGAGGCGCGGGGGGACCAGCCGCUGGUGUGGGCGGUGGAGGUGGCGCGCGUCGUCGCCGGGGACGGGGCGGGGCUGCCCAGCGCCGACCUCGCCGGGAUCCUCGUCUCCAACCUCUGCUUCGCGCACAACUCGCCCUCGCUGUGGAAGCUCGUCGGCCACGCCGUGGGUUCCCGCCUCCUCUGCCCGCUCCACGUCCUCGCGCUCCUUACCCCCAGGGUGCUGCCGCAGCGGCGGGCGCAGCCAGAGGCGUACCGGCUCUACCUCGAGUUGCUCAAGUGUAACGUCACGUCCUCCUUUCUCUCCAUGGAUCCCGGGCCUAAUCGUGACAAGAUAACUAAGUCCAUCGAUGAUGCUUUGCAACUUUCGAAGACUUAUGGAUUUUCUGGAAUCGAAACUGGACAUGUCGUCAUUUUCUUCAUGCUCUCUGUCAUCACCAAACUCAUCGAUUGCACACUUGAGGACUGUGGUUUUCAAUCUGGGCUGUCAGAGGCGCAGGAGAGCAUUUAUGCCAUCGAAGGGCCACAAGAUAUGGACUUAGAUGUCAAAGGGGUUUCAACUGAGAAGCAAAAUGAGCACCGUGCACAAUUACGCCGAAAGAACACUGCUAUGGCUUUAGAUGCGAUGCUUAUGAUGGUUGCUGAUAGGAAGAUCCAAUCAUUUCUACGCUUGAUAUUCCUGAACAUGCCUGAAAAGUUUAGUACUUUAAGCCAGAGGUUGAGCUUGGUUGAAGCUCACAAAAUGGAAUUGGAGACACUAUUGACUGCUAAUCGUAAAAUUGAUGAUCUGUUGAUGAAUAUACGGAGGGUUAGCAGUUCAGCCUAUCAACCAAACAACAAAAGGCUUUUGGGUGUUCUUGGUAACAUGAAAUACAGUGGAUCCAUGCUGGGACAGUUUACUGGAGCUGGGCGAGCUGCAUGUUGGGUUAUAUUUGACAUAUAUGUUGAGAAUGCGAUCGAUGGAAAACAUCUAAGUGCCAUAUCUGCUAUCGAGGUUCUGAAAGAAAUGACCAAGACACUCCAAGCAAUUAAUGAGGCAAGCUGGCAGGAAACCUUCAAAGCUCUUUGGAUUUCUGCCCUUCGCCUUGUACAGCGGGCUAGAGAACCUCUCGAAGGACCAAUUCCCCAUCUAGAUGCAAGAUUAUGCAUGCUGUUAGCUCUUAUUCCAUUAUCUAUUGGUGCAAUUCUUAAAGAAGAAACUGAUGUAUCUGGAGUUCAAGGAGGCAAAAAUCUUCCAAAAAGAUUAGGACUCGUGUCAUCUCUCCAGGAUUUGGUCCAGUAUUCAGGACUUCUAGUACCUCCUUCAGCAGUGGUAAAUGCAGCCAAUGCUGCAGCCUCAAAAGCGGCAAUAUUUAAGGCCAACUAUAAGUCUGGAGGUGGCAACCCUGGCAUGAUGGGCCAAAAUGACUCUUCGACAAAACCUGUUGGAAAUAUGCUACAUCUUAUAGUUGAAGCCUGCAUUUCGAGGAAUUUGAUUGAUACAUCUGCUUACUUAUGGCCUGGCUAUGUUGUAUCAUCUGGGCAUUUGAAGGAUGCAACUUUAUCCCAAGAAUCUCCUUGGUUGAACUUUAUGCAAGGAGCACCUCUUUCUGGUCCACUUAUUGAUGCUCUGAUUGCUACUCCUGCUUCAAGCACCACAGAAUUGGAUAGGUUAUAUAACAUUGUAUUAAAUGGUUCAGAAGAAGAAAAAUCAGCUGCUGCAAAAAUUCUUUGUGGUGCAUCAUUUGUUUGUGGUUGGAAUAUCCAGGAACAUGUAGUCCGCAUGGUGAUCAGGCUAUUAUCACUUCCCUUGCCCUCAAGUUCCUCAACACAGGGCAGCGUGAGCCACUACCUCUCGCAGAUGUCUACAUUAAAUGCACUUUUGCUUGGUAUUUCUUAUGGUGAUGCUAUCCACAUUAUUUCUUUGUAUGGAAUGGUUCCAGAUGUGGCUGCAGCUUUAAUGCCAAUCUGUGAAGUUUUUGGGUCAAUACCGCCUCCAUCUAAUCACAAGCCUGCCAUUGUUGGGGAAAUAUCAGUUUAUUCGGUGUUCUCUUGUGCAUUUCUUUGUCUUCUUCGAUUGUGGAAAUUUUAUAAACCCCCUCAAGAAUACUGUCUAGCUGGACGCGGAGGUUCAGUUAGAUUGGAGCUUACUCUGGACUACCUGCUGUUAAUGCACAACAACCAUAUUGACUUUGCAAAUUCGUCUACCAGUAAUCGAAACUGCAACAAUAUAGGUCCAUCAAAUGAGGUUCCUGCUCAACCACUUUAUAUUGAUUCCUUCCCCAAGUUAAGGGCUUGGUAUUUUCAGAAUCAAGCCUGCAUAGCUUCAACCCUUUCUGGUCUUUGCAACAAAAAUCCUGUUCAUCAAGUUGCAAACAAGAUUUUGAGUAUGAUUUGCCGAAAAAUGAACAAACCUGGCAUAUCAUCUGGCAAUCUUUCAUCCACUUCUAGCAGUAGUGUCAGCGGCUCCUCUGUAAGUACGUCAGAUGAUUCUUACCAAAGACCAACAGUUCCUGCAUGGGAAUUUUUGGAAGCUGUUCCUUUUGUUCUUGAAGCUGUUCUUACAGCUUGUGCUCAUGGACGAUUUUCCAGCCGAGACUUGACUACAAGUUUGAGAGAUCUUGUGGACUUCUUGCCAGCUUCUAUUGCUGCUAUUGUUAGCUACUUCUUAGCAGAAAUAACACGAGGAAUCUGGAAAAUGGUCCCGAUGAAUGGAACUGAAUGGCCUAGUCCUGGUGCUUCUCUUCACUCAAUUGAAGCAGAAAUAAAGGAAAUUCUUGCAUCUGCCGGCAUUCAGAUUCCCAGCUGCUACCCACGUGGUGUACCGCCAAUGCUUCCUUUACCAAUGGCCGCACUGGUCAGCUUAACGAUUACAUUUAAGCUUGAUAAGAGUUUGGAGUACAUUCAUGCAAUCAGUGGCCAGGCACUAGAGAACUGCACAGGGGGUAGUUCCUGGCCAAGCAUGCCCAUCAUAGGAGCUUUGUGGACACAGAAAGUGAGAAGAUGGCAUGACUUCAUUGUCCUCUCUUGUCUGCGUUCCCCAUUCGGCAGAGACAAAGAUGCAGUUGCGCAGCUAAUCCAAAGUUGCUUCUCAUCCUUUCUACUGUCCUCGUGUGGUGGGUCUGACUUUACUGCAAACCGUGGAGUUGGUGCCUUAAUGGGAGAUUCAAUCACUGGCCAAGGUCUUCAGCUUCCCAUGGCCCCUGGUUUCAUCUACCUGAGAAGUUGUCGAACAUUCCAGGACACCUACUUUGUAAGUGAGGUGAUCCUGAAGCAAGUGAUUGAGUGGGCUGACAAACUUGCAAAUGGAUUCUCUUCCAUUGGCCCUCCACAGUUAAAAUCAGGGCGUACGCCAUUAUCGAGCGCUGCAUGUAUGGCACAUCAAGUUGCGAUGCUCGGUGGAGGACUCCUGUGUGUUGCAGGUGGACCUCUUCUGGUCCAGGUAUUGUAUGAGGAGACCUUGCCUACGCUUCUGCUGUCAGCUCGAGACGAGAGUAUGAAAGACCCUGGACCAGUUUCAAGCACACUCCAGGGUUACGCCAUGGCCAACAUGCUCUUCUUCUGUGGUAGCCUGCUCUGGGGAGCCGAAAGAACUUCUCCUAUGCUGAAACUGUCUUUUCUGUCAAGGAGGCCACGGGUGGUAGGAACCCACAUGGAUUUCAUGGCCGGAGUAUUGGACGGCCACAUUCUCCUGGGCUGUGACCAUGGUACGUGGAAGGCAUACGUAUCACGCUUUGUGUUCCUUGUGGUGAAGUUUGUCCCAUCAUGGCUGCGUGACAUUAAACUGGACACCCUGAAGAAGAUAGCGUCUGGGCUUCGGAGCUGGAAUGAGCAUGAUCUUGCUUUGGCUCUGCUUGAGCGAGGAGGACCUCAGGCGAUCUCCACUGUAGUCGAGACCCUGUUGUGAUCUUAUAGCCCAGACAUUUUCUCUACCCUUCGCCUAACAUAGGAGUUUUUGUAAUCAUCAAUAUUUGGGGCCAGGAACGCUGUGACCUAUGUAGAUGACUUUUGGCUCUAAGUGAAGCUAUCUUAACAUGCUGAAUUCGUCAGUGGAGAGAUGAUAGUUAAUCUCGUAUGUGCCUUCUUUGCUGGGCGCAUUGCUGCAGUAGAUAUUCACUGUUACACACACAGGCCUUGCUCGACAACGUAUUCAGUUGGAGCUGCCUGGUUCUGUUGCCGUACAUCUAUUUCGGUGUAUUUGCGUGGUCUGUAAAAACUGCACUGGUAGUUGUGUCUAAACAUGCAUACUAGUAUUUUUUUUCC